GGCGGCACUUCCGGCGCGCCGUCCGCUGCGCGGCCCGGCCUGGUGAUGUGAGCGCGGCUCGGCGCCGGAGCCUUGUCCUUGCGUGAGUGCCGGGGCUGGGGCCCGUCAGCGGCGGGCGACUGGGGGGGAAUCCCCCACGGGUCCGUGGGACGGGGGGAGGCCGCCGCGUUCGCCGGGCGUGCGGAAUCAGCCCGAGCAGUCCGCGGCCUGGCCCGGCCCGGCCCUCCUGCCUCAGCGGGUGUCGGCGCGUCGCUCAAGUGUGUGUAGGCUCGGAAACUCGGCCUUGAGGGGUGCUUCCGCGCUCGGAGCCGUGCGACCGGUGCCUUUCGGUGGCCACCCGCGUAGCGGGAGCCGGGAGUUCCCGCUGUGACCGCUUGCAGGGAGUGGAUCUCCAAUGUCCUGCCAUGGAUGAUGAUAGCCAGGAUGAACUGAUAAAUAAGAAUGCCGCACUAGGCAAGGGCAAAAAGCAGAGUCUAGCGCUCCUCAGUGAAACAGAAAGCAAUGGUGGAAACAGUUGUGAGUCAGAAGGUGAUACUGGAAGUGAGGAGGAAGAAGAUGACACUGAAGAAGAGGGAGGUGAGGAGGACAAGGAAGAAAGUGAAGAUGAAGAAUUAGAAGACUGUGAAGAUGAUGAUGAAGAGGAAGAGGAGGAAGAAGCUGAGGCUGCUGUUGGGGGAACGGCCAAUCCUCUCAAAUUAAAGCCACACGUGAAUGGAGUGAACGUAUCCUCUGAUGAGGAUGGUGAAAACUGCCCUAUUUGCCUCAACACGUUUAGGGAUCAGGCUGUUGGGACUCCUGAGAACUGUUCCCAUUACUUCUGCUUGGACUGCAUAGUGGAGUGGUCAAAGAAUGCCAACUCUUGUCCAGUGGAUCGAAUCCUCUUUAAGUACAUCAGCAUUCGGGCGCAUUUUGGUGGUAAAGUCUUAAAAAAGAUUCCUGUUGAGAACACAAAAACUCAGGGUAGUGAAGGAGAAGAUGAUCCAACCUUUUGUGAAGUAUGUGGCAGAAGUGACCGAGAGGAUCGCCUGCUGCUGUGUGAUGGCUGUGAUGCAGGGUAUCAUAUGGAAUGCCUUAAUCCACCUCUGAGUGAAGUCCCUGUAGAUGAAUGGUUUUGUCCCGCCUGUGUUCCCAUGGGUGUCAGUGCUUCUGCAGAUACAGAUCAUGUGAGUGAAGAAGAGGUUGCUGCACUCGUGGCUGAUGUUACUCCUACCACUAGCAGGCUGCGUCCUCAUGUCCGAACCCGAGCUAUAGCCAGGACUCGGCAGAGUGAACGAGUUAGGGCAACAGUGAAUAGAAACCGAAUAACAACUGCACAGCAAAUUCAGCACGUGCCGAGGUACCUCAUGUCCUCUCUUCUGGAUGAAACAAUUGAGGCAGUUGUAGCAGGCCUAAACACAGCCAUCUACCAGCAUCCUCUUACCCUGCGGGCUCCUGCUAGGCAGAAGAGAAAAACAGGUAGGAGGAGGAAAGCAGCAGGCAAGAAAAGAACUCAGACAAAAUCUUCUGCUGGGAAGAAAACAUCAGGGACACAGGUGAAGAGACGCAAGCGUUUAAUGAAGAAGAGAAGAGGGAAAAAGAUAAGAAUAAGAUCACGUGUAAAAAAUGAGGUUACCGCUCGCUCCCGCAUUGCAAGAACACUUGGUCUUAGUAAACCUGUGCGUGGGGCCUCACUUCCUUCCAUGUACAAACCAACGGAGCCCUCACUUGGUCUGAUGAGAGCAGAUAUUGGUGCAGCUUCUCUGUCUGUGUUUGGAGACCCAUAUGAAUUGGAUCCGUAUGAAGGUAACGAAGAGGUUCCAGCAAAUCCAGAUUCACCACUGAGUGCCAAAAGGAGAGUUCUCUCCCAGUCAGCACUGAGGUCUCACCGUCCUGUAGCAAGACCUGUUUCUGUGGGACUUCCCAGAAGCAGUGUACCUGCCUUGAGUCCUGAUCAAGAAGCAGAAGCUGCUCCUGUGCCUGAUCUGUUGGGUAGUAUCCUGUCUGGACAGAGCAUCCUCAUGAUGAGUAGUUCUGAUGUGGUUAUCAACAGAGAUGGUUCUCUGACAGCAAAGAAAGCAGCUCCACUUCACAGGAAAUCAGUAAAAGACACACGAAUGGAUGAUGGUUCAGGACAUAACCCCCAGCUGAGUAUGGUGCACUCAGGGACCAUGACAGGCAGCUCCAUUGCUGGACCUUCAGUUUCUUCGGGGCUGAAUACUCACGCUAGACCCACCUCAUCAAGCUUAUUUUCAUUACCUUCACCAAGCAGGCCUGAGCCUGCAGCAAACCCUGCACAGACUACAUCAGAAAAAGCGACUGUAAAAUCGGAGUAUUCAGUGACACCCAAGUCUGUUCAGACUCGCAGCGUACCUAGUCUGAACAGGCCUGGCUCCAAGUCAGAUGAAAUGCCCAGAUUUAAUGGAAACUCUAAAAACUUUGCACGGACUGAUUCAUCUUCAAAGCCCCUGUCCUGUAACUUGAAUUCUGGUUCAAAAGCUGUAACUGUGAGGCAACCAUUGAAACCACCUCCCAGAAGAAUUGACAUAUUUGAGCUUCCCAGGAUACCAAAGAUUAAAAAGGAAACCAGCAGCAAGCAGGUGGACUCAGAACCCACAGGAAGCCAAAGCUGUGACAUUCCCAGCUCCUGUAUAACCCAGCUGACUGGCAAAGAGAGCACUAAUCAGCUGGGAAAGGGUAGCAAGAUGGAAAGUCAGAAGUCAAAUGCCAGGGAAACUCAGCAACAAACACGUACAAGCGGCGUAUCUUUUUCUACCAGUGCAGGCAUGUAUAGCAGUUCUUCACUACUGGGCACUUCAAGAAGCAAAGGCUCGAGUUCUUUUGAGAGUUUUAAAAUUAAUAUUCCUGGGAACACAGGGCAUUCCAGCAGACUGUCUAACCCAGGAUUCUGUAACACCUUCCGCCCUGUGGAUGACAAGGUGCAACAGAAAGAGAGUCCUUCAGCUCUUUUCUCAGUUAAGAAGAAACAAGUCAAAAGUGAAAUAUAUGAUCCCUUUGAGCCAACAGGGUCAGACUCAAGUUCAGCAAGCAGCAGUCCAGAAAGGCUUGGCUCGGGGAUCCCAUUAACGAAUAUUACCAGGACUAUUUCCAUUGAAAAUCCAAAAGUUCAAACAUUUCAAACUGUUCGUCGUUUCACCCCUUACACAGUAGAAAAUAUAUUUGGAUCUGGGGCUGAAUCUGAUGUACCAUCUAGUAAUACAGAGUCUCAUGAUGACGUGCCAGCAGAAAGUAGGAUUGUAGAACAGAUUUCUGAUACAGAGGAACGAGACAAUAUGGAUGAGGAAGACUUUCUAAGCAGUCCUUGCACUUCUUCGGUUGUUAAGCAAGUUUCUAACACAGAGCACUUAAAGGAGGAAGGUAGAGAGGGCCCCAGUGUGUUCUUCAAUGCUGAAGAAUUAAUUAGACCUAAUAUUAAUGUGAAACUGGAGCCAGAUAGUUCAUCAAAGAAUGAUGGGCAGCAGAAAGUCCCGAAGACAGAGCAAACAGAGCGGCGAUCACGUUCCAGAUCCUGUUCAAACUCCAGUUCCCGAAGCAGGAAGAAGGCUAAAAGGAAAAAGGCGCUGGCCAAAGAGCGGAAGAGAUCCCGAUCAGGGUCUAGGGGCAGAGCACACUCAAGGGACCGAAGCUCCAGAUCUACCUCUUGGUCAGGUGGAGAAGACAGCAGUAAAAUACACACAUUGAAAUCCAAGAGCAGGAGGUCUUCUACUGACCGGUCCAGCAGUCAUGAACGAUCUAAAAAAAAGAAAACAAAGGAUAAAACUAAGGAUAAAAAGGCAAAAUCUUCUUGGUCUAAGGAGAAAAGGAAAUCCAGGUCACGUUCAGGUAGUCCUGGAAGUACUUCUGAGUUUUAUGAAAACAGGAAAAAGAAAAGGCGGUCUCGAUCAAGGUCAAGACGGAGGGGUCGUUCCCGAUCAAAUAGUAUAGAGAGGACAAAGAGGCGGAAACACAGGAGAGACAAAAGCUACGAGAGGUAUGAUAAAGAUAGCAGCUUGAGGUCAAGAGACAGAAAGAGAUCAAGAUCCAGGUCUCGGGAGAAGAGAAAGUGGAGGUCUCGGUCUCGGUCUGCAUCUCGAUCGCAAGAGCACAAAAGCAGCAAAUCAAAAGAGAAAAGGCCACGGUCGAGAUCCCGUUCUAAAGAAAGAAAACGUAAAUCAAAGGAAACCUCGCUUCCUUCUCCACCAGAAAAAGAGCAAAAGCCUCCAGCUGAAAAUGUACCCAGCUGUCCAGAGCAAUCCCAUUCCUUCAAACAAGAGCCGAAGGACGAGCUGGUACUAGAGCAGCUUUCCAUUUCCAUCCAACCAAAUGUCAAACUUGAAGAAAUUCAGGCUGAGACCCCAGUUCAACAGAGAGAGGCCCAAGAAACUGCAAAGGCAGAAGCCACCUGUGAGGAGGUGGCAAGUGAAACUGCAUUCCCUGUGCCAGAGAUCACAAACGUUUGUGUUCCAGUUGGUAACGUGGCUUCUUUUGCUGAAACAGAAUUAAUGAAUACGAGUGAUCCAGGAUUGCUUGGUAGCUGUAGUAAUACAAACCUUGAGAUUACAGUUAAAAUAGAAAAUACUGCGUUAUGUCCACCUCUGAUGGAACCACCUCCAAAGAAAGAGGUUAUGAUGCAUGCUCAGACCGAGGCUGUACCAGUUCAAAGCUCCUCUCAAACAGCAGAUUGUGUGAGAGAAGUUAAAGAUGAGUGCCUUGUGUCCAAUGAGAAGGCCAGUAAUUUCAGUCAGCCUGAACUGGAGGUGGUAUCUCAGGGUCCUGUGUUGAAAUCUAAAGCACCUGUGAAGAGAGUUACCUGGAAUCUUCAAGAGGAAGAAAGUGGUGUGUUGUCUGCUGGAAGAGCUCCAAGGAUGCCGUUUUACAAACUUCAGCGAGCAAAAGAAGGGGCCUGGAAAGCAGAGGACUUGAACCAAACGUUAAAUCAGGUGCAGUUAAAUGAGCCUCCUCCAACCAAUUAUAUGAUUCCUGAGCCUAUGUUUCCUGACCUAGAUUCCUCUCAGGUGUACUGUCAAAAUAUACCUUUGACGCCACCUCUGCCCUCAAGCCUUCCCCCCUACGCACCUGUCAGCCAGCCCACGGUUCAGUUCAUCAUGCAGGGCAGUCUUCCUGCUCUGGGCUGCGUGGCAGGCCAGAGCCUGACUCCAGAGCCAGGCAGCCUGGCUACUGCAUCUGAACCAGGAAAUCAAGCUGCUUCUGUUGGAAAUGAAGAAGAAAAAAUCAAAGCACCGAAACCUGAAGUGGAUAAAACAAAGAAUGAGGAAUACAUGAAGAAGCUUCACAUGCAGGAAAGGGCUGUAGAAGAAGUGAAACUUGCUAUCAAACCCUUUUACCAGAAGAGGGAGAUCACAAAGGAGGAGUACAAGAACAUUCUUCGAAAAGCCGUGCAGAAGAUCUGCCACAGCAAAAGUGGAGAGAUCAACCCUGUGAAGGUAGCUAACCUGGUGAAGGCAUAUGUGGAAAAAUACAAACAUAUGAGGAAGCAUAAGAAGUCCGAUGUUGAAGAUGCUCGUGAAAUGGAAAACUGAGAGCAAGCUUGCCGCCAAUGUGACUUGACUUGAACUUCUUUUGGCUGAGAACAUUGUUCCAGAAGGAAAACCAGAUCUGCAGUAACAUCUCAUCAAAAACCAAUUGCAGAGAAGCAAGAUUAUAAUAAGAUUUAUCUGCUGAACCUGCUUUUGAAUUGUUUCCAUAUGGGAAUGAGCUCGGAGUUUUGUUUUUUUGAUUACCUAUAGGUGUAGAACUCAAUAACAAUCAAAUGCCUCAGACCAGCAGAGUAAUUCCAGGAGAAACAAAGAAGAGAUUUGUGUUUAGGACUCCCGGAUUGCUACAGUUUUCAGGGUUACUUUGAUCACAUUUUUUGGGCUGUGCACCUGUCUUGCUAAAAGUUUGAAACUGGACACCACUUUUCAUAUACAGUAUAUUGAGAGUUAUAUACUGUUUCCCUUGUGUUUAUUUAUCGAAAUAUGGAUUGUCUUUAGGAAUUUCUGAUUUAAUACUUGAAAUGUGGUAUUUUUAGCCUGCUCGAUGGUGAGCGAAGCUUUACUCGCUCUGUCGUCUGGGGAUUGCAGAAAUGAGCUAACCUUUAUAAAUUGACUUCAGAAACACUGCUUGAGAUGUGGUGUUUAUUUUCAUUCUGUUGGAAGUAUCUCGUUAGUGAAAAGUUUAAUUUUAGGGAGGGAGAUUAUGUUGCACUUCUGUAAAUAAUGCACUGAUGGCUGGUUUUGUGUCUGCCUUUCAGGAAAAAAAUGAAACAACAAGCAAACGUUGUGAAUUUUCGGUAACAAGCUUGAGGAACAAGAUUGAACUGAUGUACAAAGCAGAAAUGUGACAGAAUUUAUAAAGUUAUUUUGAAUGGUUUUAGUCCUA